ACAUGAUCUCCAAUUUGUAGAGGAAAUGGCUUUAGAAAAGUUUAGCUAAUAAUCAGAGAACCAGGAUUCCAAUACAAGUUUACCCAACUCCAUACCACAAGCUUCUAAACACUAGCUAUUCUGUUUCCUCAACUGGACUCCAUAGGCCAAGAACCAUCUCAAUACUUUCCCUCUAUUCCUAGUACAUACUCUAGUACUGAGCAGCUCCUAGCAACACUACACCUGCUGAGUGGUAUUUAAAUUCAAUUGGAUAUAUUUAAAAGAGCCAUGUAGCCGUUUCAUUUUUAAAUGUCAAUGUAUACAAUAAGCACGGAAAUUGCCAUUUUAAGCACUGGUGGUCUCCGACUGUGUGACGCUCCGUGUGGCCACGCUGGAGGGAUCCCAAGACAGGUCUGGAUCACCUGCGUCGGGUGCAUCCUGUCCCUGCGCUGUGCAGACUUGGGCAGGUCCCUUAAGCUUUUUGCGUGUUUGCGGGUUGUAAGUGGGAUCCACAGCCCAGUGUUCAUCACAGCGUGCCUUAAUUCUCCUUUCCCUUCCUCUCCUUGUGGGUCAUUUAUGAUCAACACUGCGCGACUGGACUGAUGAGAAUACUGCGGUCAUACUCCGGUUGAGCGAUGUGUCUGCCUGGAGUGUGCGCUAAAAGAUAACACUUGUAACAGCCAUCCUCUUCUCUGCCAAUCGGAGCUGGAAUGGCUGCUGUGUUCCUUCCACGGGUUCCUAAAGAGCCAAAGAGGCUCUUUGAAGUAAACAACAAAAAAAGGCCUGCCAAGGGUCAGGGAUCUGGCCCACAAGGGAGCAGCCCAAAUAACCAGGAGUUAUUCCGCCAGCGCUUCCGACAAUUCUGCUACAAGGAUACUCCUGGGCCCCGUGAGGCCUUGAGCCAGCUCUGGGUGUUCUGCUGUGAGUGGUUAAGGCCUGAGAUACACACCAAGGAGCAGAUGUUGGACUUGCUGGUGCUGGAGCAGUUCCUGACCAUCCUGCCUGAGGAGCUGCAGGCCUGGGUGCAGGAGCAUCAUCCAGAGAGUGGGGAGGAGGCAGUGGCUGUGCUGGAAGAUCUGGAAAGGGAGCUGGAUGAACCAGGCCAGCAGGUUUCAACCCAGGCCUGUGCACAGGAAAUGCUUUCUGAGACAUUGGUGCCUCUGGAUCCAGCUAAGGAAACAACGUAUCUCCAGCCUCAACCCAUGGAAAUCCAGUGUAAUGGUAAAUCUCAGGACCCUCAACACCAAGAGGAUUGUGAUGAUGUGAUCAGAAUUGAGAAAGGAGAAUUGAUUCAAAGGCAGGAACUUCCUGUAUAUAUGGAAUCCCAAGAAAAGUUAUCUGGCCAAAUCAAUGGAGAGGUUCCUAAAUGUAGAAAAACCCAAAAACGUGCAAGAUAUCAGAGAAACACAAGUGAGAGAAGAUAUAAGUGUGAUGAAUGUGGGAAAAGAUUUACUCAAAAAUCAAACCUCAUAAGACAUAAAAGAAUCCACACUGGAGAGAGACCCUAUUCAUGUAAAGUAUGUGGCAAAACUUUCAGUCGGAGAUCACAACUUAUUGACCAUCAGAAAAUACAUAACCGAUUAAAACCGUAUCAGUGUGAUGAGUGUGAUAAAGCCUUUUAUUACAGUUCACACCUUGUUCAGCAUCAAAGGACCCACACUGGAGAAAAACCUUUCCAAUGUAAUGAGUGUGGGAAAGCUUUUCAUUACAGCUCAGGCCUCAUUCGACACCUGAGGACCCACACAGGAGAGAAACCAUACCAGUGUAAUGACUGUGGAAAAGCUUUCUGUCUGAGCUCACAUCUGAUACAACAUCAGAGAGUCCAUACUGGAGAGAAGCCAUACCAGUGUAGUGAGUGUGGGAAAAGCUUCAGCCAGAGCUCAGGCCUUUUGCAUCACCAAAGAAUCCACAGUGGGAAGAAACCGUAUGAAUGUGUUGAGUGUGGAAAGGCCUUCAGUCAUAGUUCAGCUCUUGUUGGACACCAGCGAAUCCACACUGGAGAGAGGCCCUAUAAGUGUGAUGAGUGUGGAAAAGCUUUCCAGCGGAGCUCAUACCUCAUUGUACAUCAGCGAAUCCACACUGGAGAGAAGCCCUGGUGACAUCACGAGUGGUGCAGAAUUUUUUAUCUAUGCUCAUUCCUGUGGAACAUCGGAAAAGCACAACCAGAAAAGGAUGCUACUAUUACAGUGAUGUAGGGGACUCUGCAAUCACUAUUGCAAUUUCAGCAGUCAUUUGAAAAUACAUAUGGAGCUGAGAUAAGCAGCUUGCCAAACAGUACUUUGUGAUGUUCUGCCACCAGGCUUACCAUCUGGUGAACUGGGACUUUGGAAGGGCUCAUUCCUUAUUCUCAAACUUUUCUUUUCUGAAGCAAGUGGCUCCAGAAAUCUAAAUGUUCUAUUAGAUAUAUACUGGAGGUUUUAGAGAUUACUACUGUUCCUAUUCUCUUUCUUCCCCUCUAUUUUCUUUGGAGUUGGAAUAAUAAUCUUGUAUAGAGUAUGAAUUUAGAGUUAAUAUCUGAUCUGCAUGAAAAAAUAAAACCGUCAAUUUCUGGUUAACUUGAUAAAAUAUAUUAACAUAUAAAUUAUCUACACUAAAAACAUUGUGAAAUACAAAAGCCA